AUGUAUUGUCUGUUGAAGUUUCAGAAUUUUGCAUCAUUACGGAGGAUUCGUGAAGAUUCCUCGGUUGUAAAAAGUGGUGGAUGCGCUCCAAGUCUCCGUCAUCAAGCACUUAUUCACUCGCUCCUUUGUGCAAAAGAGGUCGGUACUUGAACGAUCCGUGCUACUCUAACAUUGAAAUGAGCGACAACGACCGUGGUGAUAGUUCGGAAGUCUCGAUGGAAACAUCCCCACCGAAACCUGAGGGUCAAGAAACGGAUGACGUCGUGAAAAAAGAAGAAGAAAAGCUCCGGGCGAAGUACCCUUUAGCCGCACAAGGACCGCACAUCGGUCACACAGCUUUCAUUCAGAAGCGGCUCGCUAAGGGGCAAAAGUUUUUCGACUCGGGAGAUUACAACAUGUACAAACAACGUGCUGGUAACCAACCAUUUGGGAAUCGACCGAGAAACGCUGCUGGACUCGUGCCUGCGGUUCAGAAUCCUUUGAUCACAUCGGCUCCUACGGGCAAUGCCAUACCUACUCCGGAAACUGUUCCUGCCCGCAAGACUUCGAUCAUUCAGCAGCCCAAAUUCCCAGCAACUACUUCUUAA